UUGCUAAUGAUUCCCUUAGAGACAUGUGCAGGAUGGCACAGAGUGUUUAUCAUAUACGGUAUCAGUUCCAUGGCAGGCGAAGCGGUAAGUUUUUUUCUUGGAUUCAAAUAUAAUUAUUCAUUGUCUCGAUUGUAAAUAUGAAAGGAUGAAAGCUUAUAAACCUAAGGUGUUCAUUUGUUAUGCCAAUUUUAUUUUAUUUUUUUAAAUUUUAAAAACUUUUCAUUAUCAGCAUAUAUUUACAGAUUUUUCAAAGCAAAUUGUAAUGGAAAUGUAACAUAACAGUAACAGACUCGAUGCAAAAAGCUUGGUUUGCUUGUAUAAAAUGGAACCAAAGUGUAUUUGCAUUUAACUUUGUUUUUGAAUUAUAGUUUAUGGAACAACCUCUCGGCUCUUUCAGAAGAAGCAAAUCCAAUUUUUGAGUAAUGUACACUUUACUAUUGAGACCUUUUCUUUUUAAGUAGAUUUUUUUUCUUCAAAUCUGAUCCAGUUCUGUUGUGAUUGUGAGCAGAUCAUUUCAAUUCCCAAUCUUAUCCCCCAAAACAACAGAGCAAGGAAACCCUAGUUCGAUGUUCUUAGUGAUACAUUUUAAAUUCCAUAAAUUUCAUCUAUUAAAAAAAAAAGCUGACAUUCCAUCAAACUUUAAGUUAUGCAAUCACACCAGAUUUACUUCAUAUGCACAUGACAUCUUAGGUCUCAUUCAUAGCGAAGAAUAGCAACUACUUUUCAUGUCUCAGUAAUUUAGAUUUUCAAAAUUCCAUAAAGGGUUACAUAGAUUUAUCAAGAACCCUUUAAUCAAUACCACACUACAAAAAUUAUUACUGUUUUUUUUUUUUUUCCACGUACCAGCUGUUAGAUGUUGUGUUCAGCCUAAUAAAUAUACCUCUUCAUACAGGUUGCCAGCAUUGUUGAGCCAGACUUGCCUCAUGUUGGAUCAACGAGUGGGGUGGGGGGUAUCCUCGGCGUAGCAGUGCUGGAGCUUCUUCAGGCUUGGAAGUUCAUACGGUAUCCCUUUUGGGAGGGCAUUAAGCUUUCGGUACUGAUAAGCAUGCAGAUCUUUCUAGGAACUCUUCAGCUUGUGAACUUAUUCUCCUUCUUUGCAGGCCUCGGGGUGGGAAUGAUGAGUUGUUUGAUGAUAGUGCCGUACAUCACGUUUGGUCGCACGCUGAGUCAUCUAAGGUUUCGCCUGGUCAUGUUGGGCUUUUGUCUACUGGUGCCAACAUUAAUCUUGAUUCAACUGACAUUCAAAUUUAUUCAAGAGAUACGCCAGUGUCCAAACUGUGUGGCACUGGAGUGUAUACCAUAUACCUCAAUUAUGUGCAAGACAUACAAAUACUGGAAUUAA